GCUGCGUUUUGUAACAAAUAUUUUUUCAAACAAAAAGACAAAUAUAUAAGAUAUACAGCCACCAAAACAACACACAACUAAAAACACCAAUUCAUUUAAUAAUUUAAAUAAUUUUAAUUUAAAUUUUCACGUGAAAAUGAUUACAACUGCAGGAAGCCAUCUAUUUCCAUGAUAAAGUAGUUAGUUUUAGAUUUUGUAACUUCCAGUAAUAAUAUUUAGGUGAUGACAAGGUAUGGUGCAGAUGAUGAAAUGACGGAUUUGCUUCGAAAGAAUACAUUUUACUUUGUACCAGUCUUCAAUCCUGACGGUUAUGAGUAUUCAUUUACAACAGAUAGAAUGUGGCGCAAGACAAGAACGGCAUUUAAUAGGUCAACAUUUUGUACCGAUAUUGAUGGAGAAUUAAUGGCAGCGAGAGGUGCUGAUGCAAACAGGAAUUGGGAUGUUAUGUGGGGAGGAGUGGGUUCAUCAUCCAAUCCGUGCGAUCUACUUUAUAAAGGUGUUCACCCUGAGUCAGAGCCGUGCGUUAAAUUGUACGCAGACCAAUUAAGAUGGAAACAGCACCAAUUAAAAUCGUAUUGGAGUUUACAUUCGUUUUUCGAAGUACUGUUCUCUCCUAAUUCUUAUACUGAUAAACGGCCGCACGACGACGCCGUUAUACAACGUGUCGGGAGAAAGACUACCUUAGCGCUGAAAAAACGAUUUGGCACGCCUUACGUAUUUUCUACUUCAUUUGAUCUCAACAUGCCAGUUACUGGUGGAGCUAUCGAUUAUGUGCACGACAAAUUAAACGUGAGCUUCGCAUAUGUAAUAGAAUUAAGACCGCGGUCUGCUCCCCCUGGGUUUCUUCUUGAUCCGAGUGAAAUCAUCCCCACAGCUUUGGAAACACUGGAUGGUAUAUUAGCAGGUGUAAAAGAGAUCGACGCAAUUUUACAACAGAAAAAUACAAAACCAUGA